CUGAGAAGACAAAAGAAAAGUUGCAAAACCAUGGAGCCAAAUCCCAUCUUCCAAAUUGCAAAAUCAUCUCAGAAUAAGUUACUCGGUGGAACUCUGUUCGAAGGAGUCUUUAAGGACAAGCAAUGCUGAAGGGGAAAAAGCUGCUUAAGUUCCCACAGAAAUCCCACCAUUCAUUUCCUAAUGGGCUUGGCAGUUUAGUGGCUGGUUUUGAUGCCCAUGGUGAUGGGGGAGAAGACGAAAAUGGAGUCGUUUAUAGAGAGUUGGAAUCUGGUGAAGAACUAGAAACCUUUCAGCCAUUUGGGUUGGGUUCGCAUGGAGACGUUGAUGACCAUCAGAAUGAAGGUACAAGUUAUGUGAAGUCUGAUGCUGGCUUCUCGGAAAUCAGGGCUCCUCCCAAACACAAAGUAGAUGUGGAGGCCAUUGACGCUGAUGAUAAGCGAUCCGAUCUUGAUUAUGAGCUUUCACAGAAGGAAAUUAAUUUGGAGAAAUUGCAAAGAAUUGCUAGUUCAGGGAUUCCUGAUGGAGGAGGUUUGCGGGCAACAAUUUGGAAGCUCUUACUUGGGUAUUUACCUCCUUCUCGUGAUAUGUGGGAAAAGGAGUUGAGAGAGAACCGACUGAAAUAUGCUAGGCUAAAAGAGGAAUUUCUCGUAAGCCCGCUUCAUUGUAGACAGUCAGAAUUUUCAAGGAGGAAAGAUGAAGCAGCGGAAGGCAUUGACCAGCAGGCCAAUGCUCAUGCUGCAGAACCCCUUGAACGACAAGAGAUCUCAAAUGAAGAUCAUCCCCUGUCUUUAGGAAAAGCUAGUGUUUGGCAUAAAUACUUUGAGUUUGCAGAAAUUUCAGAGCAGAUAGACCGUGACCUGGAAAGAACACACCCAACCAUAAAAUUCUUCUCUGGGGACUCAGCUAUAAGUAGGAAAAGCAAGGAAUCUAUGAAAAAUAUACUUCUCCUGUUUGCAAAACUCAAUCCUGAAAUUCGAUAUGUGCAAGGCAUGAAUGAGGUCUUAGCUCCACUAUAUUAUGUAUUGAGCACCGACCAUGAAGAGAAAAACUCUGCAAAUGUAGAAGCAGACAGUUUUUCUUGUUUUGUUAGACUCAUAAGUGACUCUGUGGAUCACUUCUGUGAACAAAUGGAUAACAGUUCAGUGGGUAUCCGCUCUACCCUUUUGCGGCUAUCUGAAUUGUUAAAAGCCAGUGAUGAGGAAUUGUGGAGGCAUCUUGAGCUCACAAACAAGGUUAACCCACAAUUCUAUGCAUUCAGGUGGAUCACACUGCUACUUACUCAGGAGUUCAAUUUUCGAACCAUUUUGAGAAUCUGGGAUUCCCUCUUGAGCAAUCCUCAUGGCAUUCAGGACAUGCUUUUACGGGUCUGUUGUGCAAUGCUAUUGUGUGUGAAAACCAGAUUGCUGAGCGGUGAUUUUGUGGACAACUUGAAGCUUUUGCAACACUAUCCUGAAAUUAAUAUUGAUUGCAUUCUCCAGGUAGCACAGGAUAUCACUCCUGAUACAUCUUCCUUCCAUGUAUCCCUCUAAUGUUGUAACUUAAACAUGCACACUCAGCUUGUACCCAGAAACUCAAAAAACUGGCAAGGACGUGUUCUGACUUGUUGAAUUACAUGCAACUCUUAUUUGUGAAGUAUUUCUUUUUAUUUACGGGACAGAUGCUAAGACAUAGUUAGACUACAAUUGACAA